AUGUUUACCCCGUUUCCGGCCAGUUACCCUACAUACCCGCAGCAGCCAUGGGUUGAUACUCACGGUAGCCUCGGGCUGAACCUUCUCUGUUCCCCUACCGAGCCGCUGCUUAAAGCGUGGCUGCCACGAGAAGCAGGGUUCGGCAAUGUUCGCAUCCAUUCUUAUGGCUAUGAUGCUGACUGGCAGUCCACAACCGCCGCUCCUACUAUCAACCUUCUCGAUUUUGCUCAUCAGCUGCUAGAAAGGCUCCUAAAUUCUCCUCAUAUAGCAAGUCCGGGAACGACGCCAAUUGUUUUUGUUGCCCACAGCAUGGGUGGUCUGGUGGUCAAGCAGGCCUACGUGCUUGCCCGACAGGACCAAUUCUCCGCAAACCUAGCGAAACGUAUGGAAGCCAUGGUUUUCCUAGCCACUCCGCACAGGGGAACCGAUCUCGCACAGACGCUGAACAACAUCCUCCGUGCGUCGGCUACGCGGUUCCCUCGUUCCUUCAUAUCAAACCUCUCCCGCCAGAGCGAACUCCUCGAGCUACUUAACGACUCGUUUCGCCACUAUGCGCCCGAUAUCUCACUCUUCUCCUUCUACGAGUCGCGGCCCACCGAGCUCUACCUUCGCUCUGAAAUCAUUGUCACGAAGGGUUCCGCCGUUUUCGGAUAUCCGAAUGAGCGACACGCCAUGCUCGAUGCCAACCACAGACAAGUCUGCAAGUUCGAGUCGCGAACCGACCCAAACUACACAGCGGUUCGUGAAGCGCUACGAAACAUUACAAAAACCAUUCUGGAGAGGCUGUCGACGGGAAGCGCACAAGAGACCUGGAGAGCCAUGCGGCAGGUCGAGAGCUUCCUUGUAAUGCCAUCGCAACCGGAGGACGAUCUUAAGGACGUUGAGGAGGCCAGGAUGGCCGGCUCUUGCGAGUGGCUUGCUGAAGAGAAGACUUCUCUCACGGCGAUGAGUCUCGACUGCAGCUACUACUUUUUCCGUCAUGGGGACAAGGACAAGUCCACCGUCAGCGGGCUCCUGCGGUUCCUAUUGUAUCAAAUGGCCCUGCGAAAUGCACAAGUACGUCAACAGCUCCUGGCCAUAAUAGACAGAGCCGUGAGCUUCAACAAGGACGACAGCAAGGCCAUCUGGCGGAAGCUGGUGUGGCCCAUCAUUUGCAACAACCAAACGCCUACCACGGUCCAUUAUUGGGUGAUCGAUGCGUUAGAUGAGUGUUCCGAUUUCGAGCUUCUCGUUGGGUCCCUGGCGUCCAUAGAGCCGCACGCCCGUAUCCGCAUCUUGAUCACCAGUCGGAAGCUCACCGAGAUCACUCAAAUGUUCACCGACCUGCGACGAAAUCCCGCUGCCACCAUUGCUGUCUAUGCCAAUGAGAUCUCGUUCGAAAACACCAAGGCCGAUAUCCAACUCUAUCUCGAUGGAAACCGACACAAAUUUCACGUCGGGGGUGAAAAGCAAAAAGACGCCUUCAGUGACCGCCUUCUCGACAAGAGCGAGGGCUGCUUUCUAUGGGCCCGCACCGUUCUCGACGAGCUUGCAUCCGCCUGGACUGUUGGUGAGGUCCAGCGCAUCUUAGAUGACGUUCCCCCAGGAUUGGACCCCCUUUACUUGCGGGCGCUCGCCAUCAUGUCCUCGCGACCGAAACCGGGCCGAGACCUCGCCCGAACCAUCCUCACAUGGAUCAUCUGUGCUGUCCGGCCCUUAAGCGCAGUCGAGCUGUGGGAGGCGCUAAAUUUGGACCUAGACGAUGAGGUACCCGAGCUCGAGGCGGCCAUCGCGUCGCUGUGUGCACAACUCAUUCACAUUGACAAAACCGGGAGGGUAAUGAUUGUGCACCUCACGGCGAAGACCUUCCUGACGAACGACCAGGUCCAGUCUGAAUUUCGCAUCGACGAGAAGCUUGGCCAUCACCUGCGACAUGCGACCUCCGCCAACACGGUGUUGAGCAACUUGCUUCAUAGCUUUCUCGGCGCCAACGUCCUGUCCUGGAUUGAGUAUGUUGCGUCGGCGGGCAACCUGUCGGUCCUGACGCGGACGGCCAACUCGAUGAACCCGUACCUCCAGUGGCACAUCCAAAGCUCGUCACCGCUCGGUGAAUUUGUCGACAGCACCCGAAACUGGGUGAUUGACCUCCACCGCAUCGUUGCUGGCUUCGGCCCCAACUUGCUGGCGUGUCCCUGGGGCAUCUACUGGCUCAUCCCGCCCUUCUGCCCCAAGUCCUCAGCCGUUGUCGCUACGACCGCUGCCUCCAAGUUCGGCCGAAUCGCCGUCCGCGGUCUCAAGGACGAGGGCUGGAACGAUCGCAUGGCCUGUAUCGAUACCCGCAACGUACACACUUCGGCCGUCACAUGCGGCGACACCUUCUUUGCCAUUGGUUACCGAUCUGGAUCCAUCACCUUGUACCACAACAGCACAUACCUACCCUGGAAAACUCUCGACCACGGAAGCCCUGUGUAUCACCUUGGGUUCGAUAGGCUCAGCACCCACGUCGUCUCCGCCGGCCGGCAAGACGUCAAAAUAUGGGAAGUCUAUAGCGGUUUUGUGUGCUGGACCGCCAAGCUGGAUCAUGACAUUAUGAGCUUGGACAUCACAGAAGACGGCAAAACGGUCAUGAUUGCGGACAAGACCCACACGUUCACCUCCUGGAGUAUGCGGUCGGGAGAGGCCGAAAAGAAGGUGAACUGGAGCAAAACGAUGUCGUUUCCCGAUGAAGGGGCCUGGCGCCGUCCACCCACCGCGGCCGCGCUCAGCCCUAACAGAUCACUUCUCGGGGUUCUGUACCGGGGCCGCCCCAUCUGCCUCUACGACCUGGAAGAUGACCUCUUCCAUGGUCUCGUCAGCCGUGACGGGGACCCCACGACCCAGAAGCUCGGGUCAGAUCUUUCGCCCAUCUCGCUCGUCUUCAACACGAAAAGAGACAACCCGAAACUUGCGGUGGCCUAUGAAGACGGUGAUCUGUGCCUCUUUGAGUACGAGGAACUCAGGCUGCUCGUUUCGGUCGAGGCGAACGCGCACUCUGUGGCUUGUAGCCCAGAUGGUAUGACGCUGGUCACAGGAAAUUCGAACGGCAUGGUGCAACUCUUGGAAUUCGAUACCCUCCGCCUCCUCUACCAAGUGAAUGCCGUGGAUUACGGCAUUCGUGGGCUCUCGUUCACCGCUGACAACCUGCGAUUUAUAGACAUCCGCGGGACGCAGUGCAACGUCUGGGAGCCGGCUGUCUUGUUAGGUAUGGCACGGCGGGACGAGUCGUCGACGGAGCCAGCUGAUUGGGAGCCUAUUGUCAAGGGCAUUGAUAGCAACGAUGUCAAUAUCACUAGUCUCGAGCUAGCCGAUUCCGACCAAUACUUCUUUGUCGGCCGAUUCGACGGCUCGGUUUGUCUCUUCGAAACCUCGACUGGCGAGCAGCGGAAGGUUUUCGCACACUUUGGUUCCGCCGAUACUGUGUGCCGCUUCAUGGUCGUUGCCCUUCUCCCAAACGCCGAGCUCGGAUGGAAGGCCACGACCAAGCGUUUGGACAAGAGAGCCGACUCCGUCAUUCUACAACUUCUGCUAAAUCCAUCCAACGACCUCUUGUUAGUGUUGACCGAGAACUCAAAUACCAUCUGGAAUUUGAGUACCGGUCAGUUGGUCAGUACGCAGACAUGGCAGCCUCCUCCUUCGUUCUGCUGGGUCAACCAGCCGGGAAGCUCACCACACCGCCUAUUGAUAACGAAAAAAACAGCGACAGUGUUUGAAUGGGAGUCAUCGGAAAGUCGCGUGACGAGGUCAGUCAAUUUGCACCUGACGCCCGAGAACCAGACGCCGCAGAUCCAACCCCGGCGAGUCAAGAGUGUUUUUUCCCUCUCACAGGGCAAGUUCCUGAUCGUAGAGCUCUCUCCAAUGUUCCAGGACACCACGACAGAUGUCAUAGUCUUUGAGCUUCUUCCGCCCAGCUCGCACGGCAGCUUCCUCACGCCCAUUGACGAAUUCAGAGAGCUCAGUAAGAAGGUCAAACAUGUGAUCGGCAGCUACGGCUCAAGGCUGUUGUUCCUGGACUCCGAACAUUGGGUCAGCUCCGUUGAUGUGAGUGAGUUUGGGUCCAAGUAUGGAAGUUAUUUGCGGCACUUUCCCAUCCCAUCCGAGUGGCAGAGCCAACAGAGAAAUUUGCGUAUGGCCGCCACUCGCAAAGGUGACAUUUUGUUUGUCCGCGGGAAUGAGGUCGCUGUCAUUGGUCAGGGGUUUGAAUUUGAGGACUAUGUUGAGGUAUUGACAGCUGGUUAA